AUGGCCGAUCCCCUGUAUGAACUCCUCAUUCCAUAUUUCGAUAAGCCCUCUCCACGGCCGGCACCACCGUCGACUGAUCCUACAAUUGCCACCUAUUUGAAUCGACUCUGUACCCUUCCUCUCUCUUCACUCAAUACUUCCGAACCCCAAUCGCUUUCUCAAGCAUCGAACUCCCUUAUACUGUCCCUACAAGCUUUGUCCAAACGUUCCCAUAAAUCAGUCAUCGCGUCUUCUGACCAUUUAUCGACACUCACUACCACUCUUCCUACUUUAGCAAAAGCCACCGCAGACUUACGAGAUGCUCUUCCCAAAUUGGACGAUGCAGCUAUUCAUUUCAGUGAAAAUUACAACAAUCGAAUUGAAAAUGCUGUCCUUGAUCGACGACGGAAAGCUCUUUUACUGUCACGAAACGUAGAGAGGCUCGCAGAUGUUCUCGACUUACCUACCCUACUUUCUACCGCGAUAUCCUCUUCGAACACAACUGCUACUAGUACCACCGGUAGAGAAAACAAUACAUUAAAUUAUGCUUCUGCAUUAGACCUCAAUGCGCACAUAAGACGGCUGCACGCGUUAUAUCCUACUUCUCCACUCAUAACGAGCGUUUCCUUACAAGCGGAGGAUAAAAUGCAAUCUAUGGCCACAAACCUCAUAUACUCCUUGCGACAACCCUCUCUUAAGCUAGCAGCUGCUAUGCGCACGAUCUCCUGGCUACGGCGUGUUGCCCCCGAACUCGAUCCUUCCACAACCACGUCCAGCUCCGCGCAAACCCGAGAAGGAGCAUUAGGUUCCUUGUUUCUCGUUUCUCGCCUUUCCAGUCUAACAGCUAUGCUUAAUGCACUCAGCCCUCUACGGGACCUCGCUGAUCAGGAAUCAUUGCGGCUAAUAUCAUCGAUGGGGAAAACAGGAGGGAACAAAUUCGAAGCAGGGCAACAGACGGAGAAGUAUUUAAAACGCUACAUAGAGAUAUUCCGGGAGCAAAGUUUUGCAAUUAUUUCCAUGUUCCGCUCUAUAUUUCCGCCCCCAACAGCUCCAGUCACAAUAGAGGGGCUCAAGAAUGAUACGAGGGACAAGGAAGAUGAUUAUUUACUGGGUCCAUUACCAAGUGCCCUGACUACUUUUCCUCUUCAGUUAGUUGGGAUGUUGGAGGAGACUCUGAAAUUAUAUCUACCCAAUGUGAGGGAUAAAAGUGGUAGAGAUAGUUUGCUUACUCAAGUUCUUUACUGUGCGGGUAGUUUGGGACGAUUGGGAGGGGACUUUAGCCUCGUGCUUGCGAAUUUGGGAAGAAGAGCCGGUCAGGAAGAAGGGUUGGACGAGGGAGAAUCCGAUGAUGAUGAUGAUGAUGAUGAUGAUGAGGAAUGGGCAGAAGUUAUCAAAAAGCAUAGGGUACUGGCGGGAAAACUGGAGUCUAUGGUGGGAUCUAGAGGGGAAUAA